AUGGACGAUGUUUCCAACGGCGAUGGCAAGGUCCAACUUGACCCGACCCUCGACUUCGUGGCGGGUACUAUCGCGGGAAUGGCAAGUCUCGCGGUCGGCUUUCCGUUUGACACAGUGAAAGUCCGGUUCCAAAGUCCCGCAAUUGCGAGCAAGUAUACCUCGACGUUUAGCGCUCUACGGACGAUUAUGCGGGAGGAGAAGCUUAUUGGAUUGUAUAGAGGGAUUACAUCGCCCAUGGCCACGGUCGCGUUAAUGAACGGCCUAGUUUUCGCAUCCUACCGCUUCUUGAUGAAGCUCCAACUAGAGAACGCAGAUGAUACACCGACGUUAACACAAAUCGCACUCGCAGGGGCGGGGAGUGGCAUCGUCAGCUCGUUAAUCACGACUCCAACGGAGCUCAUCAAGAUCCGACAGCAAUCUAUACCGACUCCUUCGACGGCACGACAGGUUGCAUGGCAGAUCUUUAGAGAGAGUGGCAUAAAGGGAUUGUAUCGCGGAAUAACCGCGACGGCACUUAGAGAUACGGGUUAUGGCGCUUACUUCUUCGCUUACGAAGCCACAUGCAGACUAUUCGCCCCUCCAGCACGAAACUCGAGCGACAUCAUGGCACAUGUAGAAUCCGAAGUAUCCACCCUCUCCUGGCCAGCUUUACUCUUCGCAGGCGGAGUAGCAGGUAUCGCUGGCUGGCUCUUCACCUUCCCUUUCGACGUCGUCAAGACCCGGAUCCAAGCCAGCAAGCCUAUCUAUUCCACCCCAUCCGGCGCAGGAUUACCACACCAUCACGUCAACAGACUCGCUAGAGGAUAUGCAACAGCUACACUUUCGACUCCUUUACUCCAUGGACUCUUACCAGAACGGACGGUGGCGAAGGUGGUGCCGAGAGAUACGAACCCGUAUCGCUCGACUUGGUCGACGAUAGUGAACUCUUAUCGGUCGGAAGGCGUGGGUGUGUUCUUCCGUGGGUUAUCGCCUACGCUUAUCCGGGCGAUACCGGUGAAUAUGGUCACUUUUGCAACGUUCGAAGCCUGCGUUGCCGCGUUUUCGUGA